GCCCGAGAGGCUCUGAGUUUGUUCGGUGGGCGACCGGGCGAGUCUUCAAAUUCUACAGCCCUCACGGAAACUGGCAGACAGACCGUGAUGAUAUCGCAGACGGCACCAUCAUGGACACUGGAAACGUCGAUAUGUACAUAGGGAGUACCCUUAAGUUUGGUAAUGGGUACGUCCGGGACCACACGAUCAGGUCACGGGCUCAAUGGGGGGGUGACUACCAGCGACUCUACGAAGAGAAAUUCCCGGCCCCCAGCCAAACCCGAUCGCCAAAGACGCCAUACAAGCCUUCACGCCUAAGGCAAUGCGUGUUUCCGGAUGAUCUCGAGGACUUGGAUGGUGUAGAAUCUCGCAUGACACCUAGAAUUCAGAGACCCGCCUCCCGAAUCCCACACAUGAGGAGGGCAUUCAGCCAAAGCUCACCCGAUCUGCUCGCUGGGCUGCAGAGAGAAACCUCCGUCCACGGCUUCGAGUCUGGCUUGGAUGCCAUGAUCGAAGAUAGCAGCGAGUACAGUGAAGACAGUGAAGACAGUGAUGGCAGUGAUGAUGAACACCUGGACAUCGGCGAGAUCGUCCAGCUCAGCUACCAAGAGUUCAAGGAAGCAGAGCUUCGGAGGACGGACAUAAUCGAACGGGUGGCAAUUGCGCCUAGCCUGGAAACUAUCCCUGAAGAUUCUGAAGUCGCUUUUGAGAGUGAAAGAGACGAGGAUAUCAUCAAGCAAGCACAGGAUGACCUAGCCGACCAGUCGGUCGAGCAAGAACAAGGCGACCAGAACACUGUCACCGUCGAAGAAAACCGAGAUAUUACAAACGACCUGGCGGUCAAGCAGACCCAGGAUGGCCAAGAUGAUCAUUCUGAUCAGGACCAAAACUGCCUGCAAAUCAGCCAGCUGGGUGACUACGCUCAACACAAUCAAACCGACGACACAAUCAAGACCGUCGAAGGAGAACAGAACGGCCAAAAUGGCCAAAACGAUCAAACCGUCGGACAACCAGAAGACAACCAGGAAGACCAGCUGGGUCAAAACGGCCAAAUUGAACAAGAUAUCGAGACCGUCGAACAGAAUAGGAAUGAAAAAGACCAAAAAAGUCAGAUCGACAAGCUCAAAUCAACCGAUCCAAAGGAUCAGAAUAAAAAAGCUCACCAGCGCAUCUCGUCCGGCACUCACGCAACGAGCGGACAAUCCGGCAGCGAGACUACUUUCCAGAUUUCGAACGAGCAACAAAAUCAAGACACUAACGUUCAGGCAGUGGACAGCGAGCUUCAAACUCUUGUUACUGAUCAAAAGAACAAGAAGUGGAAGAAGAGGGUCAGUCGCAUCUCUCAAAAAGCGCGCAACGCGUUACGAUCAAAACACGCCCAGUCACCAAAAUCCGACUCUUCUAGCUCAUUUGAGUCAAUUUCUUCACCUACAUCAAACUGCGAUCCUGAUCGACAAUACAUCUCCCUUUUCUACACCGAAACCCCUCAAGAUGGGGACGAAAAGCUACACAAAACUUCCUCGACGAAGAAGCUCGCUACAAAGGCCAAGAGAGUCUUGAGCAAAUCUUCCACGGAGAAAGAUACGGUUACGCCGAAAAAGCAAAGGAGGAUCUCUUUUUCAGACCUCUUUUACGAAGGAAUCAGGGCCUUUUGAGUCUUAUUCUGUGAUGACUUGAGUCAACGUUAUGUUGAUCUUUCUACCACGAAAGUUACGAGUUACGAACUUACGCUACAAACGCUACAUGAUUAUGAUAUUACGAUGGGGAUACAUGCAUAUGGAGUAUUAUGGAUGGGAUACAUAUGGGUUAUACGGACACAAAAAUGGGUAGUUUUCUGCAUAUGGGACUUGCAUAAAAAGCAAUUCGAAUUGGAACAUGCAUAUGGUUCUGGGGGAUCACAUUUGGGGAUUGGUCAUGUACAAUGUAGGGUUAGCGUUGUUGUUUAUGGUUGCAUGGGAUAGGAUUUGGAUGUACGGCGCACAUAUUUGGGUCUGGAUGACUGCUUCUAUUACUCAAGGGCCGCCGAAUCUAAGAAUGGAAUUGUGAUACGACAGGCCA